CAAGCCAUGGACAGAUCUUAUCACACUGCAAAUUUUGAUUGAAGAGGUACCCGCACACCCCAAAUCAAUACAAGCAACUUGAUGUUACCUAUUUGUCCGAACGUUUUUUGUUAAAGCUGUCUUGUUUAUGUCGCACCGACUUUCAACCUUUUCAAUUUUUCUAAAAACAUCAGGGUCGUGUUUCUUGUUGCGUUUUCGUCCUAUUUUCUGUUUGUGUUUCGUUUUUUGUACCGAUAUGCUACGGUUGAAGAUUGAUACACUCGCUUUUAACAGCAAUACUCGCCCUAAGACACACGACCAGCAACCUAGAAUCCGAAGCGACAAAACGAUGCGAAGGCACUGCGACUGUGGUUUUCAUUGAAAAGGAAAGGAAAAUUGGAUGGCCUGCGUUUCCCCACACGGCGACCCCCUGCAUUUCAAAAAGAGAAGACGACGGCAGGAGAAGAGCUUGCCCGAAGCGACCACAAACUUGAACAGAAAACAAGCACCCGUCGCUGCACUGCGGUCGUUCGACACGCACGAGAAAGAUUUUGCGGACUGAACUAGGAAACCAGUCAUUACUGAGCGGCAGAAGACGCGGGUAUCUUCAAGAUGAUGGACGACGGCCCCGGCGCCGGGGGCGCGGCGCCACUCGGAGCCGCACCGGGGAUGGGUUUGCCACCUGGAAACAACACCAACAACAACGCGAACCCGAAUAAUGCGCCCGCCGUGUCCUCUACGGCCCCCGUGAUUCCGCAAAUGGCGCCCGAGGAGCUGCAGAGGUUUGAGUUGCUCUGCAACACGUUGUACCAACUGACCCCCGGGCAGACCGAACAGGACCGGCAAAACGCGCACAAGCAGCUGCUGCCCAUCCUCGAGGACUCGUCGAAGAUCCCGCUACUCCAAGCCAUACUUAUGACCAGUCAGCAAAACCACGCUAUCAUUUUUUGCACCAACGCGCUGACGAAGUUGAUCACGAACUUCUGGACCGCGGUGAGCAGUGGCCAGAAGGAACAGUUGAAAGGGUUUUUGUUCCAGUCCCUGGCGAACCAAGGCCCGUCUAUGUAUUCCAACGCACCCGUAAUACUGCAGCCGUUUGUCAGGUUGCUCUGCCGCCUGAUGAAACUGGCCUGGCUGGAGGGGCCGCAGCACCAAGACGUCGUCGCAAAAGUCAACGAAUUCUUCGAACAGACCAAUCUGCACACCAUCGUCGGGCUGGAAGUGUACUAUUUUGAUGAAUACCAUUGGAGUGAUUUUGUUUUUUUGGCUUUGCGAAAUUCACAUGACACUUUGUAAAGUGAACCCGCAUGCAAAACAUUCGAAAAUCUAAAAACAGGUAUAUCGAGAUCACCCAGGAUAUGCAGCCUAUCUCGGGUAACAUGAUGUCCCGAUACCGACGGACGGCUUUGUGCUUCCGCGACACAGCGUUACCAGAAAUUUUCACGCGCGGGCUGGGGACACUGCAGAAGCUUGCCAAGGGAGAGCUGAACAUCACGGAUAAGCAGCAGGAGAAGGUGCUUGUGAAGCAACUCCUGCGGCUCAUCGCCAAUUGCCUCAGCUUCGAUUUCAUGGGUAUAGAAAAUUUUCAUUUGCGUCUAUAGCCGCCUAUAAAAGUCCGUACUUGUGAAAAGAUCAUACUGCCCACCAGAGGUAAAACUAUAGUGCACCAACAGACUCACACGAGGAUGAAAAUGAUAAACUUCUAUCAACAGGCACGAUGCCGGACGAAGCCAACGAGGACCAACAAACGGUGAUGGUCCCGCACUCCUGGAACGUGCUGCGGGAGGACGGCGUGUGCUCUCUCUUCUUCGAGGUUUACGGGAGCUGUUGCAACUACCAGCGGUUUGACUGCGCCGCCAAGGCCCUCGAGUGCCUGGUGCUGAUGGCGAGUUUGAGAAGAAGCUUUUUCUCCAAGGAGGAGGACAGAAACAAGCUGCUCGGACACCUGAUUAACGGAACUAGUGGUAAGAAUGUCCGUAGUUUGCGUUGAUGAAGUACUCAAAGAAAAUGAUGAACUUUUGACGGCGCAUUCAGAGCAAAUCCGGAUCCUGGUUCUUUGUCCAAGAAAGUCUUUGUUUGUAACAGUGAAAACGUUGACACAAGAAGCUUCCCUUUCUCUCCACAGGUAUCCUCGCCUCGAAAAUGGGUCUCCAGGACGAAUCCUGUUACCAUGCGCUGUGUCGUCUCCUCGGGAAAAUCAACGCGGCACACCAACUGUCUGAAUUGGCCGCCAUUGAGGUAUUCCAGGUGUGGCUCACACACGUGUACAACUUCACGACGGAAAGUUUGAUCGACUGGGAGCGACAGCCGAACUCGAAGCAUUACUUGCUGCAGUUUUGGUCCGGGUUGGUCUCCCCCAUGAUCUACCUGAAGGACAAAGCGCCACCAGCAUUGGAGAAUUGCAUCCAGCAGAUCACGAUUUCGUAUUGUUUUACUUUUGAACUUUGCAAGAUGGAAUCGAUUUUUACAGCAGGGAAAGGAAUGCAAGUUGGGGCUGCAUUUUUCAUCGUGAGCAGCAGGCUAUUGAAAUUCACUCUCAUGUAAUUCAAUACCCCACAGAUACAUUGAGUCUCGGCUUGCAAUGGCCGACAUGAGCGCGCAAGCCGAGGGCGUGCAAGAUUGGGCCGACCCCCUUGACGAGGAAGUUUUGAGAAGCGAGCAGCUUGAAGUGCUGAGUAAUUUGGCCCGAUGCAGGUACGGAUUUUUUCCUUUCGAUGGUUUUCGUCAUGGUAUUUGUUUUCGAGAAAAUCAAAAUGAGUAGAAAAGUGGAAGCCACGUCGUCACAUGUGGUCACAUGAAAAGAGCGCAAAACAGAAUUUCCACUCAAACUCCUACGACAGAUACCACGAAACUGCCCAGCACGUGAUGAAGCACUUUGAGGACACGCUGAACCGCGCGAAGCAGAACCAGCUGAGCCAGAACCACUUCACGAAGAAGAUGUCGUGGCUGGUCUACAUGAUGGGCGCUUUGGUCGCCGGCCACAGCUCCACCACGCUGGGACCCCGGUCGAGCUCCAGCAGUUCGCGGAACCACGAGUCAAGUUCCAGUCUGAACCCCGGGGACCCGGGCUACGUCCCGCCGGCGCACAUUAUCAACGGCGAGUUGGCCAAGCGGGUGUUCACGGUGAUCGACUUGACGAAUCAAGACGUGUCCGGCCAGGAAACGAUCGAAACGGCCUACCUGUACUUCCUCGAACAGUUCCGAAAAGUGUACAUCGGAGAGCACGCGAAAUCGAACAGUUCCUCCGCCAGCGGGCAGCAGCUCGCAACCACCUUGGGCGUGCAGGACGAGAACGCGAUCCUGGGGAUGCUGAUCAACAAAAUCGGCAAAAACCUGCAGCACCGGUGUCAGUACGAGUUGGUGUUGGCGAAGUCGUUGGCCUUGUUCCACGAGAUGGCCGCGGGCAUCAACAUUGUCCACACCGCGGAAAGAAGUCCGCACUUGAUCGUUAGCGGGAGAUUGCUGCUCAAAAACGAAAUGGUAUAAGUUUCAUCGAAAGUGUCUGUUGUAGCAUUGGAAUUCUUUUUUUGUUUCACCUCUCCUCCCUCAUCUUUGUUACUAGCACGGUGAGUGUACUAGUAUCACACCGGACUGUACUGACCAACAAACGCAGGUUCAGUAUAUGAUGAAAAACCACGCGGCAGACGAGUUUAAGUUUUUGUACCACAAUAUCAAGUAUGGGAAGUACCGAUCACAGUACUACCACACGCUCGGGAAACUCCUUUUCAUGGACGGGCGGGAGGACUGGUCCGUACAAAAGCAGCACUUUGAGGACUUUAUGCAGCCCAUGACGCGCGUCCUGGACGGCGUGCGCACCGUUACCGCGCAAGGCGGUAGCGGUUCCUUGAAGGCGAACCCAGAGGCAAAACACAGAAUAAUAGGGCUGUGUCGGGAUUUGCGGGGGCUGACUCUCGCUUGCCACGGGGCGGAGAGCUACGGGCUGCUGUUCGGGUGGCUCGUGCAGGACGCGUCCAUAAGUAACGCGCAGCACAACAGAAUCGCGCUGUUUUACAAAGCACUAGAUGAGUUCUGGGACGACUACGAAGUGACCACCCCGUUGCUGAAAUUCAUGGCGGAGUUCUGCUACAACAAGGUAUGGGACUGGGAGUUGUUUUUCGUGAGAACAAAAAAUGUAGAAAGUAUUUGGAGCAAAAAAUGCAGCAUGCAUGGAUGCAUCAUUUCUGUUGUAAUCUCAGUCGAACAAAGGGGAAUCGGAAAAAAUUUUGACCUCAUUAUCUGAAAACAGACCCAGCGAAUAAAUUUCGAGCAAUCAAGCCCGAAUGGGAUUCUGCUGUUCCGGGAAGCAAGUAACAUUCUCACCACCUAUAUCCUGAGUAAAAACGUACCCACACCAGAGUCAGAAUGGGGAUUUUGCAACACAAACCUAGGAGUUUUGGGAGUCACGCAUGACAAGUUGCGCUCCGCAGUGUAGUGCAGGUUAGCAAGUGCAGCCGCAUCACAGAUUCAUCUGCUCAUCCUGUUCACAGCAUGACAAACUCCAGUACACGAUUGGAAAUGGCUCUCAUGGGGAUGCGCAUUACAAGUCCUCCUAUCUUUGCACAUCUGCAUUACAACUCUGGGGUGGGGAUGUUUUUACUCAGGAUAACCUACGGGCAGAGGAUACUCCAGAAGGACUUUGGAGACUUUGCGAAUAGCACCAGCAACAGCAUUAUCAAAUGUAAAAAUGUCUGGGUCUGGAAGAAUGCAACUUGUGAUGCUGAAUUUGAAUUCCAAAAAAAUCUGUAUUGCAUGAGCAGCAAAGGGAGUGUAAUUUUUUCUACGCGGAGAGGACAUGUGUCAUGCGGAAUAGGCAUCGCAAAGCCCUCAAAAAAUCUGUGAUGCUAGGGCAUGCAUCACACACAUCAUGGCCCAGGCAAAACAUGAAAAAAAAAGAUGGUAUAAACGCGCUCUGCUUAACUGUGUGAAAGGUGUCGGCCCUGUGUAACCUGCUGCGGCAGGCAGGUGAAUUCGUAGAACUGCAUCACAUGUUAGGCAACGUCCACCGGCCUCCUAGCUUAGUGAUGAAUUUAUAUGCGUAAACCCCGCGAAUCACGAGCGGAAUGCGCACAUCCGAAUCCGAAUCCGUAAACAGAGCGGGGCCCAAUGAAAAAAAAAAAAACAUGCAUGACAAGUCUCAGAAUCUUCCAGACCCAGACACUUUUGCAUUUGAUAAGCAUUGGCGCCGUGCCGACACCAAAUAGGAACCUCUACCAGGCAAAGUACAAGGGAAUAGGGGUUGCUCUCGACAUGUUCUCUCACGCGCUCAACGGAGGGUACUUACUACAGCUUGCGAAAUUGUGUUUCUUGUUCUCAACAUCGUCUCUGCAAAAUUUGAUCGAUGCAUCAAGCCAAAAGUUUGAUAGGAUCUGCAACGGGUCGGGGUCGUACUUCACUGCAUUACUUCCAGGUACUGCCUGGCUGGAAAACUCAUUAUCUAGGAUUUUGUAUCAGGCUGAAAAAUUCAUUCAUUCCCAGGUACUGCAACUUCGGUGUAUUCGAGUUGUACGGCGACACCAGCUUGCAAAAGUCGAUGUCUCUGGCGCUGCAGAUGUGUCUGUCCAUCCCGUCCGUGGAGUUAUCCGCCUACCAAAAGACGUUCAAGCCGUUUUACACCUUUCUCGACCUGACGAGCAAAAACCACGUGAAGAAAAUUUUCGAGCUCGACGUGUCCCAGCUUGCCCGUUUAAUCGCGCUGGUGGAGGAGGGGCUGUGCUCCUUCGACGUCUCUGUUUGCAUGCAGUGCUGCAGUAUCGUGGACAACAUCGUUUCCUUUUUCGUGGAGCACCAGAAGGAAAACCAGUCCACCGACGCGGGGCGAUACGUGACCCAGUUCCUGACCACUCAGCCCGACGCGUUGAAGAAAAUUCUCGCGCUCAUGUUCCAGCUCAUCCUCGCCGGGGAGUUUAGCUCGACGUGGAGUUUGUCCCGGCCCCUGCUCGCGCUGAUUCUGUUGCACCCGAACUACUACCUGGAGCUCAAAGACCGGCUGAUCAUGCAGCAAAUCGAGGAAAGGCGGGAAAAGCUGAAGAACUUUUUCGAGGAACUGAUGCAGAACGUGGAAAACACGCUGUCCUCCCGAAACCGCGACCACUUUACGAGGCAACUGUACACCUUCGCGCAAAUGGUCAAGGCGCUAUGACUCGGCGGGUCGGCGUGUUUUGGUUUUCCUACUCGCUCUUCAAGUAUCGUGCUCCGUGUCGAUAACAGGGGGCGGUCGAGCUGCGGGAUGAGGAAAAGGUUGCUCAGUUGCUGACCACCAGCGAUGAACACAAGGGACUAGCAGUAGUGCGCUGCUCCGCGCACUUGUGCUGCUGCGCUUGUUCAUGCCUCUCUUUAGUAUCGAAAGAAGUUUCAAGAACAGAAAUUAUCCUAACAGAAAACGAGUCAGAAAAAUAAACCUACAAUUCUGCCGGCCAGACAAGGGCGCGCGAUAUUUUACUCUAGUGUUGUAUAGUCUGAUGAAUUAGAAUGCGCGCAUUUUACGUAUGGAUGAUGGACCAAUAUAUAGAACAGUUGUAUCCAUGAUAGCGAUAAACAGGGUCAUAUUAAACGAAGCGAAAUAUUGGCAACGACAUGGGCCGUUGCAGCAGUCCGAAAAGCAGUAGAGAAAGUGACUUCUCAAGAGUAUGAGUCGUCUUAUUCCGCUGCCUGUGGUUCUGGAGAUGACACGGCAUUGAAACCGGUGACACUACCGAGUUGCUGUUUUUGCUGGUUAGGGUGUCUGCACGACCGUGGUAGAAGUCGGGAAUACAACCCGGGUGGAACUCUUACGGGCGUAGCUUUUCACCGCUUAUCAUUCUCAUGGGCUUUGCUGACAUAGAAAAUGAACCGAUAAAGGAACUUUUCAUCGCGCAGGCAUGGCACCUGACAAGACGACCAUGUGCCAAGGAGCGGACGCGCUGUGGGCUUGACACGUUCCAACUUCAGUUGCAAGAGGACCAGGCAUGACGCCGACUCCUUGCCGCCGUUUAGCCCGACCCGUAACUAGUAUGUUUUCUCCCGCCGCACAGUAGAACUUUAACUUUCCAACCCGAAUACGUCUGCCACGCGCCAUGCGGCUGUGUCACAACAUAAUAUUUUGCUACACUGACAAUGAACUUAGCUUUUCUACUCCAGAGCUAGCCAAUCCCACGGCUUUCACUUUAUUAUAUCGCGAUUCUUUUUCCAUUUACAUUUAUACGAACUUCUCGAAUCAUGUACGGCAUCGCAUACAACGACAAUUCAAAAUGACCAGUGACAAUUCAUGAUAAACCCUCUAAAAGCACCGACGACCGAGUCAGACGGUCGUGGGCGUAGUACUCGUCCGUAAGGAAAUAUUCAUCACAUCCGCGAAGUUAAUAC